AUGGCGACUAGAGCGUACAACAUUCCAGACGGAGGCAAGAGCGAGGAGGAGGAAAGGGAGGCUUGCAAAGCACUUAAGCUUGAUAUUAAAGACAAGAACAAUGCCGAGCUAGUCCGGAAGACGUACAGAAAGCUGGCUCUAGAACACCACCCCGAUCGGCAUCGCGAAGCGGACGAAACAAAGAAACAAGCAGAGACGGCCAAGUUCUUGAAAAUUAGUAAUGCUUACAAUGUGUUAACAAACGGCAAGAAGAAGAUAAAGACCGACGAGGAGUCAAAGGAGCAAUUUAGAACAACUAUUCAGGCGUCUCUGAAACCCUCCGACCUCGCAGACGCUGAAACCGACGAUGUAUUACGGAGAUGGACCAAAAAAGGAGUCGAGAAGCGCUCUCUUACCGAAAUUAUGAAGAAUGUAAAGCUGGCGAAAGGGAGUGACAUUACCCUUUGGCAGAGUAUUUGUGAUGACUUCCGACUUUGUUAUACGGCUCCGGAGGAUGAACGUCGGGAACGAGCUGCUGCAGGCACGUACACAGAAGCUGACGAGUACCUAGCUAUAUUACAAUGCGUGGAUAAAGAGCUGACCAAAGCACACUGUCACUUCUUAGCUACGUGGGAUCGGGACAGCCCGCUAGAAGUCAUCCAAGAUGGAAAGGUGCUUAACAAGGCAGGGCAGUGGGAGGACGUGCCCACGGACCGUCGAGUGGAACAAACUUUGCUGCCGUCCAUGAUCUCCGACGCUCACUCAUUCUAUACUUCGCAUUUCAUGCAAUACGUCGCGGAUCCGGACUCGAAAUCAGGCCGAGAACAGUAUGCCUUAUUGUUGUCCGGGCACCAAAAACUGUACAACGAUGGAUGGGAAGAGUUUACCUCCAGUAAGCGCUACUCGCUACUUGACAGCUCUAAAAAGGCGAAGUUGGACAAGAAGUAUAAGCGCACUAUCAACUGGGCCAGCAUUGAUCCGAACCUCCGUGAGGCGAACAGGCUCGCUACGAUAAUACAGUCUAGACCGAACAACGAGACGUUAAACUUGGAGUUCCGCAACCACCAGGCACUUUGGGAAGUGUUCGCUACCAAUCAUGGCUUACCGUCCGCUUGGGUCCAAGCUUUCAGGGAGAAACAUGUUAAACGAGCACAACGAGUGACGCAAGCCAAAAGGUUACAAGCGACCGUCACCGACGAGUCUGCAGAAGAGAAGGAUGAUGCCAUUCAAGCUAUGCCACCUCAUGGUGACGUCGAGAUGCGCGAUGCGGAUGAAAUCAACGACAGCGACGUAUCAAGCAAUGCUCAUGCGGGUGGCAGCAGAAAUGACGCAGACAGCAAUAGCGAAAACGCAGAGAGCAAUGACGAAACGGCCAGCGACGUUGAAAUGGCCAGCAAUGGGAGGGUAUCUCAAAGCAACGCGGAGUCGAAGGGACCACUGUAUAAAACCGAUGUAUAUGUCAGCGAUCGAGGCGUGCGCCGUGAAGCCAUUGGGACGCUCAAACGUGGGAAGGGAGUGCAGGUCAUAGUCCGCAUGAACAAACCAACAGAUAAACUCGCAAUCUGCGAGCACCUGCCUAGCAGUCGAUUCGGCUCACGCACCUUGAAAGAGUUACGCAGCAAGGGGGCACUUGACCUUACGAAAGAGAAGAGAGACGCAAAGUUCCUGAAAAUGGUUGACGACCCGAAAGUAUUAGGCUCUACCCACGCGACCCGCUUAGGGAAGGAACCAAGAGGCGGCUACAGGUCAGCGCCGAUUACGUACUACUGCAUCGAGGGUCAGAAAGAUGGACAACCUGAUAGACACUGGUAUACUGGCACGCAUACAAGACAAGUCCUCGGUAUUGAGCCGGACGAGGAUGUCGAGCAGGCAAGGAGGGAAGCAAGACUCCCGAAGAUCGUCGGAAACACGCAGAAGAAGUACGCAGAAAAAUACCGCGACAAGUAUCGUUCGCUAGAUCUGGACGACAUUCAAGAGCAGUUGAACAUAGAGCGCCGGAGGCGACGUGCGCUUGAAGCAAAGCUGCGGGGUUUCGAUAGGCGAGCGCCUCAGGAAAGCGAUUCAAGCUUAGGAGACGCUGUGGGCGAUGGAACCGAAAGUGAGGCCGGUACAAGCGAUGAGGAAUCAGAAAGCGAUCUGCUCUUUGUGACGCCACAUCCGAGUGACCGGCUGAAAAUCAAGGCGCAAGAGGACGCACAUAGCGAGGUGGAUGAGAUAACUGACCUUGUUCAUAGACUAACCACAGACCACAAGAUGCGUAAGCGGUUCAAGGAGGCUUAUGAGAAGAGCAACAAGAGCAGAGAGACUGCAAAGACACCGGUCAGACUACGGGGCCGGAGGUAGCUGAAGCGUUAACGAUACUGUACAUCA